AUAAUUUGUGUUCUACUGAAGAAACAAAGUCACCUACAUCUUGGAUGCCCUGGGGCCCUGUUAUGACAGCAGCAAUCUCGUUCACCUUGGCCCAAAAGAUGAGAAUGAGGAGGAAGAGACUCUUGUCAAGCCUGAUCCUCUCUCCAGAGUCCGCUCCAGAAUGCUCCACAGAGUUCAACAGGGAGCCCACUCACAUCACAGAGCUCAACUCACAGAGAGGGCUGCGGUUCCCAUGUAUGGCCCAGGGAGGGUCUCAGAUCCCGAGUAUAGCCCAGAGAGGGCUCCUGUCCCCAUGUCCAGCCCAGGGAGGGCUAUUGUUCCCACGUCUGGCCCAGGGAGGGCCUCAGAUCUCAAUUAUAGCCCAGAGAAUGCUGUUGUUCCUACGUGUGGCCCAGGGAGGGCCACAGAUCCCGAGUAUAGCCCAGAGAGGGCUCCUUUCCCCACGUCCAGCCCAGAGAAAGCUGUUGUUCCCACGUCUGACCCAGGCCAUAUUAUAGGGGCCAGGCCGAGUUCCAAAAGCCAAGGCCAUAGAGGCCAUAGAGGCCAUCCCGCCAUAGCUCCUUGAACUAUCCGCUCCACCAUGGCCUCUGGGACUGCCUACUCCGCCAUUGCUCCCUGAGCUGCCCGCUCUGCUAUGGCACCCUGAACUGCCUGUUCCGCUAUGGCCUUCUCAACUCCUUGUUCUGCCAUGACCUUCUGAACUGCCUGCUC